AUGAAUCAGACAAAUUAUCAUAAUAUUGUCAAACGUUUUAUUGAUAUUUCAAAUGAAUCAUUAUUAAUUUUUAACGAAACUGAUGCUAAUUUUUUUUGCAACAAUGAACGUUUGAAGACAAUUAUGCUAGCCAAUAUGGAUUAUAAUCCGAUUAUAGCUAAAGAAUUGAUUGAAAAAGCAUUACAAGAUGAAUUUGAUGCAGAUUUUAAUGUUAUAUGCUCCACAGAUACAUUCGCAUUUAUCACUUAUACGGAUACAUUUUGUGAAGUAUAUGAUGAGAUGGUUGUUUGUUAUGCAUUUAAAACAUGA